AUGUCUGCAUUUACAAACAGCUUGAAUUCGCAAUUACGGAUGUUAUCGAUUGAUGGACAAUUAGAAAAUCCCAAUGAGAGUCUGAAUUUGGGACAACUUUCAUUGAGCAAUCUGCCUGAUGGCGAAGCACCUUCAAAUGAUAAACUUCCCAAUGAUUUGAACUUGUUGAAGAGUAUGCUUGAAAUGAGAGUUAGAUAUACUCGUCCAAGACAUGGAGGAGAAUGGGAAUUUUCCAACAUUCCCAAUGAUAUACGAUACAUCCAAGAAAUAAUACGAUUUAUCGAUGCAAACUGCGCCCAGGAUGCCAAUAUUCACAAUACACAAAAUCCCGUUUCAAAUAGCUACAAGAAGUAUCUACAACCAUUAGAGAUUCUGCCAGAAGAAUUGGAUUCCGAAUUUGGAAUACGAUUUUACCCAUAUUUGUCAUUCAAAAGUGUCCGUGGGCAGCUGAUCAAACAGAUCAAGGCUUCACAAUAUGAAUUUUUGAGCGGAUUGUUGGAAUUCCCAAGGGACAAAAGGAAAUCCAUUCAUACAUCAUGGAUCAUAUAUCCAAAGAAUAGCAAGUUGUCAAUUGAAGACUAUAAUGUCUACUACAAUAGGAUGGACGAUAAUCUAAAGGAAUGGUUAAUGAAUUAUUGUAUAACCGACAAAUCGACAUAUGGAUUAUGCCAGGAACCCCAGUUGACGAGUUUCGAUGUGCUGUUCAGAAUAGUUUCAAUGCAAAAUCAGUCGUAUCAGAUCAAAUCAUUGAUUGAAAUGAUUGUGACAAAUUCAGGUAGUGAGGGAUAUCUGAAGGAUGACAAUUUCCUCACGUAUUUAACAUACGUAGAUCAUUUACAAAGCGCAAUUGAGACAUCGUUUCCCAAGUGUCUUAAUCCAUAUAAAUGUGCCAUGAAUCUUAUGUUUAUAUUGAAGGGUAUGUCCAAGUAUCCCGAGUUGAUGCAACAAUUCCAAGUUGUGAUUCAUCAGUUUCUGAAUGAGUAUCCUAAUUUUACGUUGGGAGAUCUAACAAAGUUUUUACAGGAUCGUAAUAUGCCCAAUAUUGGAGGUUUAUUAAAAAUAAGUAGUUAA